AUGAGAUCCCUCAGUUUCUUUCUAUUGGUUUUAACAGUUGUUCUUUUGUUUGAGUCAUUCAGCGCUCAUUGGAUAGGUGGUUAUGGCCGCCCCGGCCGUUUUGGAUUCGGUCGAGGAUUCUAUGGAAGGGGAUUUUAUGGACGGGGUUUCUAUGGUAGCCCGUUUUUGGGACCCCCAAUACGACCACCAUUCUUCUACCCACCCCCCCUUAUAUAUCCACCACCACCUUUUUACGGUUAA